UGCGUACCGUCCUGUCCUCCUUAGGCACUUCUUGGCUGUGGUUGCCUGUUGCCUCAGACGUUGUCGGUCGCUCGAGGAAGAGCCACGGCCAGGUGUACCUCUUCGCGCUGGUACCCGCAGCAGUUACCGUACCUUGGAUUACCAUUGCAAUCGGCAAACAGUGAUUUCGAAGUGGGUACGCGUGCGCGAUAAAUAAGUGCAAUAUUGUCUUGUAAGGGUUGCGGUACGGUUUCGCAUUGUGCGCCCCAAUCUGAAAUUGCACCCACGGACCUUUUUCACACGCACGCGCGAAUACGACUUACGUGGAAAGCGGUGUCAUUUCUGGAAUUCACUGUGUCUUUUAAAAUUUACCGGAAAUUCCUUGAAAGGUAUCAAAGCUAUUUGCAUUCUCGUCGUAGUAGCGCGAACGCCUCAUACAGCGCAUCAGCAGGUGCUUCCGUCCGCACCACUCCAGUCAUCUCAAUCAAGCACAGUCCCGUAAGAAGGAGCGACAUUCAUGAUGACGAGGUUUACAAGAUGUCAAGUACUGACGAGGUUCCUGCUAUUCCAGGCAACGUCGUAUGUUGUCUUCGCAGGUGAAAUGACGGUCGUUUCGGGCUCGGAACCUUCCGGUGUGUCCGGUCCAGAUUACACCGGACCUUCCGCGGGUUCCGACGAAUGUGAUCCGGAAAUGGUGGGCUUUGAAUUGGUUACUGGUUACGUCUACUCUGCACCAACGAAUAUGCUGGAAUCUAUACCAGGCAGUCUGAUGCUCACCGACUGUCUGGAGACCUGUCAAGGAAACGACUCCUGUCAAGCUGUCAACUACGAGACUGGCCUCUGCGUCCUGUUCAGCUCCAAUGCAGACAGCAAUCCCGGCGCGCUGUCUCAGUCUCAGUUUCCGGUUUUCACAAUCUACGCCCAAAAGAGCUGCCUAGCGGUAAAACCAUGUGAACGUGCAUGGUGCAUCGACAGAGUGCAAGGACAUCGUCUGCAGGGUCACACGAAGAGAAGCACCAACGCGUCUUCACGUCAACACUGCUUGGAGCUAUGCCUGGGCGAAAGAGACUUCCUCUGUCGAUCUGCCAACUAUGCGAACGCGACGAAGGAGUGUGAACUCUCAGAUAUGGAUAGAUUAACUGUGGCCGGAUCUGGAGCAUUAGAAAUAGCAAAAGGCGUAGACUACCUGGAGAACCAUUGCGUGGACGAACCGGUUAAGCUCUGCGAAUUCAAAAAAAUAACAGGUCGUAUCUUGAAGACAGUCGACUCAGUCUAUCAGGAAGUCGGGACCGCCGAAGAGUGCCGUGAACUUUGUUUGAACUCGCCAUUUCGCUGCCACUCCUAUGACUACGGUGAUACCGGUGACAUGGUCUGCCGUCUGAGCCACCACUCCAGAGCCACCCUCUCAGACAUUCAGGAACCCUACUUAGACGUCCCAGAAGCAUCAACCUACGAACUAAGCUCUUGUUAUAACGUAACAAUUGACUGUCUUGCUGGAGAUAUGGUGGCUAGGAUACAGACGAGCAAGCUAUUUGAUGGCAAGGUAUACGCUAAGGGUGCGCCUAACUCUUGUGUAAAGGAUGUAAAGGGAGCUCUAGAAUUUGAACUUCGUAUGGCUUACGACGAUUUGGAAUGUAAUGUGAAGCAGCAGGGUUUGGGUCGAUAUCUUAACGAUGUGGUUAUUCAGCACCAUGACACCAUCGUCACCAGGUCGGAUCUGGGUCUUGCGGUUACGUGCCAAUAUGACUUGAGUAAUAAAACUGUUUCCAACGAGGUGGAUCUCGGUGUUCAUGGUGACGUUACUCCCGCCCUAUUUGAGGAAGUCAUCGUCGAUUCACCCAAUGUUGCUAUGAAGAUUACCGACCGAAGCGGAAAUGACGCAGUACCCUCAGCUGAGGUUGGAGACCCUUUGGCGCUGAAGUUUGAGAUCCUUGAUCCCAACAGUCCCUAUGAAAUAUUCGUCCGAGAACUGGUUGCUAUGGAUGGUGUAGACUCCAGCGAAAUCGUGCUCAUUGACUACAGAGGUUGUCCAACGGAUCAAGUUAUCAUGGGACCCCUCUACAAGUCAUUGAAUUCCGGAAAGAUACUCCUCUCACACUUUGACGCCUUCAAAUUCCCCAGUUCAGAGGUUGUGCAAUUCCGAGCGCUAGUGACACCCUGUAUGCCAACUUGUGAACCAGUCCAAUGUGAUCAGGAAGAAGCCACCGGUGAACUUCGAUCCGUAAUUUCCUAUGGACGCCGUCGUAGACGAUCAGCAUCUCCAUCAGCAUCGCAAAGUCGCGAGGACCUUCUUUUGGUACAAACGAUACAAAUUACCGAUAAAUUCGGCUUUGAACGUGACAGUAAAUCAAAUAACACAUCCGCGGCAAGAGAUAGUACCUUUAUGGAAACUGAAGAUGUUUCCAGCGGAAUUAUGGGAUCCUGUAUCAAUUUAGGCGAAGCCAUUGUUUCGGGAACUGUUUUCCUAGUCGCUCAAAUAGCCAUUAUCGCUGCGUGGACUUUCACUUGGCAACGUCGGCGGCAAAUUUUGAAACACCAGGAGGCGCUUUCUGUUUCCGUUUCUGUACCCGGUAUGCAUUCAGGGCGGGCAGACAGUCUCUGCAAGUUAUACGACGCGGGAUACUCGCGCCGCUUUUAAAUAGGGCCUAAGAAAAUUUCGAGCCUUUGCUCUUGUCUUCUUCCUGAGCAAAACUUUCCUACCGCGCAACAUUGCUGGCUGAACUCGACCAGUAAACGCUACAAGUCAACUAUUUUUCUCGCGAGUCUAAGGAAAUUAAUGAAGAGAUUUAUCUUCCUUCUGCUCAACCCUAUAACGUUUCUUCAACGACGAUCAGCCGGUAUGUAAUCGCGCAGUGCUGCAUGUCCGCGGGUACGUCCGAUGACCUUUUUCCAGGACUUUCGGAAUUUUCUUCGGCAGAAAAAAAGGUGCUUACGUAAAAUUGCGACGGACGGACGGAGGUCUUUAACCCUGUCGGGUAAGGUCUCACGCGUGGUGAAACUGUCGACUAGCCCGUUCUAUCGGUAUUCUUAUGGUCUCUUUAUACUUUUUACCUGAAGGCUACGCUCGUAUUAUCUCUGCCGCUCUAAAGAAACUUACGUUCAGUCGAUUCCAUACGCCUUACAGCUGCUCCUUCGCAGUUUGAUCGUAACAAAAACCGAUCAUCGUGCCAAACGUAAUUUAUUGAUAUAUCGCGCACUCUCAUAAGGGAAUUAAACAAACGUGUCUCCUCAAACGACCAAAUAAAAUAUUUCGACGUUUGAUUCGUAUUUCUUACAAAAAGGAACUUCCCACUCUCUAUAAAUUGUUUGGAAUGAGUUCAGAAUUGUGGUAUCGUGCGUGACGAUGUAGUAAAGAGAAAUAGUUUUUUUGGACUUGCCUCAGUAGGCGUGGCUCGGCUACGAAAGUGAUGGAGGUCGACAUAUAUUUGCUACAUAGCGUGGAUUCUGAUUAGCAUUAGGAAUCAAGCGUGAUUAUGCAGAUGCUCUGAGUGGGAUAUCAACGGGACCUCGAUGUGGUGCGGGGUUAGGCUUUGGAAUGAAGGGUGGCUAGGGGGUGCACAAAGGGGUUGGCGGAAGGUUAAUUACCUCUUGCGGCGUCUCGGACUAAGCUAAGCUCGCAAGCCUGGCUUGAUGGGGUAACUGGUCGGGGUGGCUGUUGGCUCACAUCACGCGUAGCCAUCUCGCCAUACUGAGCCGUGCAACCUCGAAUCCCCUUCGACUUAACCUUAGCCACGUCUCGCCCUCCGCACUGGGCAUGUUAAUUUACAUUGCGGCACGUGACCUUAUCAAUCUGAACCAGCGUUCUCACGUGCGAAGUACCUCGAGUGCUUUUACUCAAGAAAAUUUAAAACCAUACACUGACAAGGUCAAACAAUUUCGCUUCGACUUUUAUAUCUCCAGUCAACAGCAAUUUUUCGAACCCAUCACUUAUUAUUAUAAAUCGGAGUUUUCAAUCGAAUUUCUAAUUUCCCACAUGAUAGUGGCGUGCGAAAUAUUUUGCAGCUUGAAAACUAGAACUACGUUAGAAACUAGAGCUAUUAGCUUUUCAUUUUAAAUCAUAAAUUUUUCGAAUUAAACAAAUCAAAAUAGUUCUGAAUUUCAUGAACUUCUUACUGACUUUUGAGCUGCCACUUGAACUUAAGUUAGCUUAAAACGUUCGAGUGCAUAAGCCAGCUUAAAGAGCUUUAACUGACUUUUUAAAUUAACACUUGAAAAAUCAUGAAUGUAACCUAACUUGAAUGCAUUUUUCACACAGAUAUCACGCUAUAAAUUUUUAAAAAAGAAAGAGACAAAAAGUGAGAUAUGGGAAGUUAGAUAAUAACUGCCGCCCAAAAGAAAGAAGCAGUCGUAUGACUUUUUUGAAAUAAUAGAAUUAGACAAAUUUGUUUUUGAUUCGGAUUAAGAUGUUCGUUUUAGAACUUGUGUGAUGUAUCAAAAGGCGUAUGCAUAAGUUCCGCUAAAAAUAAUUUAGAAUUCGAAUAGAGUGUCUACCGACAUAUUGGUAAAUUAAGUUAGACGUACGGGUUACGUGCAAUCUUUAGAUAAAUUUAAUUUGAUUAGGCGUAUUUCGGGGACUAUAUAGAUUUCAGCAAGUUAUACAAAAGUCUUUUGCGGAAUCGAAUCAAUUAGCAAACUAAGGUUAGAAUAAACUCGUCAAGACAAACAUUGACUACGGAUUUCGAUUGCAAGCGUUUAUAUUGCAGUUAGUUUGUCUUGGCGUAUAAUUGUAGUUUCCUAGAGUAUAAGCAUGGAAAUGCUUAAGUGUGUUUCUUCGUCAGCACAGUAUUAAGUAUUAACAUGAAGCUAAUUUUAAUAUCCGGUGAGCAUAGUAGUACUUUUUAAUAUUUUUAUAGCGCGAUUGAGAUUUGUGAGCUCAAUAAGUUCGCAGGAAGGCUGGGGCAGAAAAAAAUUGCUUCCGCCCUCGUAGCUACGUUCCACGUGUCAACAAAAGGUGCCUACGUACUACAGUAAGUGACUGCAUUACAUAUGACUCAUAAUCAAUGAUUGUUAUCUACGAUAAAGUUAAUAAUUUCGCUAACUAAGCUGACGUAAUGUAACCAACCUGCUUGUGGUGAGAGGGUAGAACCAAUUACGCAAGUUCGGCAAUUACGUAAGAACAAAAUCGUAUCCUUUAGAGUGCGCACAUAGCCGUAUUUUAUUUUCGUGCCGUCAAGGUACAUAAGAAUAUUUUCAAGGUGCGCACAGUGAGAGGCAAGAAAAACUCCAUUUUCAAUUUGUCUCGAUAGCUUCACCCGCAAAAGACACGGUACGAAAGGGAGAAUAGGAGACUCCUCGAUUUUCGAUACGGUACUACCGUCGCUAAUGUCGAUUUCACGGGAACGGGUCCAGUGCGAUCGAUGAUUCGACCCGAAAGGAUUGUUCGGGAUGUAGUCUCCAGAUUCCGUAAGUACGCUGCGCAAUGCACAUCAACUUCUCAAAUGACUCAGGGAUUGAAAAAGCGAGUCAAAAUGUUAGAUUGGAAAGUGAGUUUUUCUUACGUCCAAAAAUUCUCUUAGUGGUAAUAGCUAACGCACUUUUCAUCGAGUUGAUCAACUUGAACAAAAAUGUGAUUCAACUUGAUGUAAACUGCCAAUAUAUCAAAUUAAGAUUAAUCAAUAUAAUUAUAAUAUUUCUUAUAAUGCGUACAUGAUAUGUCGAAAAAAUUACUCUUCAGCUAGGCUUAGCUAUAAAUUAUGUAGCAAAGCAUUUCAUAAGACGUGUACGAAGCAUAACAGUGGACUCGAGGACGAAUACUGGCAAUUCCACGUAUAUUAUUAUACUAUUAGAUUUUUUAUUUCCAUUUUUCAUCGUGCGAUUCCGUGACGUCUUCGUUUUUGAAUAGGAGUAUACUUGUGUUUCAUUCCUCAACGUGCGUUUGUUAAUAUCCUUACCUUAUCGUCUUGUCGAGUGUCUGUGAGUGUAGACGUCAAUGCUUGUCCUCGAGCCUCAGGUGCGCCUCUGCCGCGUAUACUAGAUCGAAAGUGUAAAAGUUCGCUCUGUGCUCUGACAAUCAUAAACACCGUAACUUUUAUAUUCUCAUAUCUUUUUAGAAUUGUUUUCGACUUCUAGCAAAUGAUUAUAAUUGAAUGGCGAUUGUCAUCUAGUACAGAGCUAGCUCGACAACUGAGUUUUCAUAUCGCCACAUCGACAUAGCUUAUUUAUUUUUACGUCUACAUUACUCUUCGCAUUGUCCUCAUUUCUCCCGCUCAUCACUCUUUCUUCAUCUUUCACUUUCAUCUUACAAUGUAGGAGCUUAGUUUUACUGCGACCCGCUAAGUAAUUUAACGACUACUUUUACAGACGAUAAACAUAAUAUGUUUUAUACUAUAGAGUUCUGUCCCGCCAAACCAUCGUACUCGUCAGUACCGUUACGUUGUACAUAGAACAUAUGGUACAGAGAAAUAAACUCAUUUUCUAACGAA